AGUGUGAUUUACUAUCCCAACCUUGUGCAUGCUACUGAAGGAGAUCACACUACACGGAAAAAGCUUCCCCCCCCCACUCCAUGGUCCUUCUUUCCUACAGCAACCCCAUGCUUCAGUGAUUGGCAACUGCUUCCAGGAGGCAGGAGCAGAUGGAAGUCAGGCAUGACUGGCUUUCCUCAUCCCCCCAUGAGGGCUUCGAGCAGAUGAGGCUGAAGAGCAGACCCAGGGAGCCGUCGCCGAGCCUCACGAGAGUAGGUGCGAACUUCUACAGCACCGUCAAGCAGCAGGACUACAGUGCCAGCGUCUGGCUGAGGAGGAAAGACAAACUGGAGCACUCCCAGCAAAGAUGCAUUGUGAUCUUUGCACUGGUAUGCUGCUUUGCAAUUCUGGUUGCACUGAUAUUUUCGGCAGUGGAUAUUAUGGGAGAAGAUGAGGAUGGACUCUCAGAAAAGAACUGUCAAAAUAACUGUCGGGUUGCUCUUGUGGAAAAUAUUCCUGAAGGGAUCAACUAUUCAGACAGUGCACCAUCUCAUUUGUCUCUUUUCCAAGGCUGGAUGAAUUUGCUAAAUAUGGCUGAAAAGUCUGUUGACAUAGUAUCUUCCCAGUGGGACCUCAAUCACAGUCAUCCAUCAGCAUGCCAGGGUCAGCGUCUUUUUGAAAAAUUGCUUGAACUGGCAUCCCGAAAUAUUGAGAUAAAACUAGUGAGCGAUAUCCUGCCCGUGGAAUCAAAAGUAUUAAAUGACUUGAAAACAAAGGGUGCUGAAGUGCUGUAUAUGAACAUGUCAGCAUAUAAUGAAGGUCGCCUUCAGUCAUCUUUCUGGAUUGUUGAUAAACAGCAUGUGUACAUUGGGAGUGCCAGCCUAGACUGGAGAUCACUGGGACAGAUGAAGGAACUUGGCGUCAUCGUAUACAACUGCAGCUGCCUCGUCCUGGAUUUACAAAGGAUAUUUGCCCUGUACAGUUCAUUAAAAUACAAGAAUAAAAUACCUCCAAGUUGGUCUAAGAGACUAUAUGGAGUGUACGAUACUCAGAAUAAACUGACACUGCAGCUGAAUGAGACUAAAUCAGAAGCUUUUGUGUCGAAUUCACCUAAACUCUUCUGCCCAAAGGACAGAGUCCUGGAUAUCGAAGCUAUAUACAAUGUUAUCGAUGAUGCGAAACAGUUUGUGUACAUAGCUGUCAUGGACUACCUUCCGAUCGUCAUUGACACAAAUGCUAAACGAUACUGGCCAUAUUUAGAUGGGAAGAUACGAGAAGCUUUAGUUUUACGAAGUAUUAAAGUUCGACUUCUCAUAAGUUUCUCAAGAGACACAGAUCCCCUUACUUUUAACUUUGUUUCAUCUCUCAAAGCUAUUUGCACUGAAGUUCCAAGCUGUAGUUUGAAAGUUAAAUUCUUUGACCUUGAAGAAGAGAAUGCAUGCUUUCUUAAAGAACAGAAGAACACUUCCCUUCCCAAACUAAACCGUAACAAAUAUAUGGUGACUGAUGGAGCUGCAUACAUUGGUAAUUUUGAUUGGGUAGGAAAUGCAUUUACGCAGAACGCUGGAGCGGGCCUUGUUAUCAACCAAGCAGACGCGGGGAACAGCACAAGCAUCAUAAAGCAACUCAAGGCUGUUUUUGAAAGAGACUGGUAUUCACAUUAUGCCAAAAGUUUACAACCAACAAAAAUCCCAAACUGCUUUAAUCACAAACUUAAUAAAGCAACAUCAAAUAAGACUGCCAUGAGCAAUGUGAAUUAG